CAUUUGUCCUACGUAGCGUGAAACUUAACCAAAUGGAUUUGAAAAUUAUUUUGUUUAUAAGUGCAGUGUAUGGUUUUAUCACACCAUCAACAUCGGCAGUAUGUCGAGUCAAUAUCCCAAUGGAUCCAGAAGCAAGGCCGAUUGUGCUGAAAAAAUUUGGAAGUCACAUGCUCAGGAUAAUGGAUGAAGUGCAGAGUGUCGUAUUGAAUAAUAACGAGGAAGUAACUGCAUUUUGUCGAAGAAAAUUUGAAAAACCUAGUGAGGCAGUCGGAUUGGAGAAAUAUACCUACAAAUGUUCUCUUACUCAACGUUAUUACGACUACAGUUAUCGUUAUGAAGAUAAAAGUAUUACAAUGCAGUGUUCGACGCUUAAAUGGAGCCUAUAUGAAUCAACAACACCAUUUAAAUGGUGUCCAAUACAAUUUGUGUCGUAUGUUGUAGCUGCGCAAUCAGGUGACGAGAUAUUGGGCGGUAUUUGCUACAACCUCGAAGAGAUGAUAUUACAUUCAUUAUAUGCUGCUGUAUUACCCAACUAUGUUGAAUUUUUGUAUCCAUCAGGCUUGCUCAAUUACACCAAGUCAGUCGAAAUCAAAGAAGUCAACACAAGUUUUAUUCCUUGGAACAUUCUAUCGAGUAAAUACACCAAUCCACAAUUUGAGGAGUGGUUGCAGUUUGCCAGCUAUCAACACCAUUCACUGAUCCAAAAUAUUAAAAUGCGUCACGAAGCUUUUGACAAGUUAGGUGGUUUACUAAAUAUUCCCUGGUGGACUGGUUUACGUUUGGGCAACUGGCAUCGUUACGAAAUGGCCUUAGAGACACACAUUGAAUCGGGACCCCACACUUAUGACAUAUUGACUGGCAUUUUAAACACUAUAUCCGUACCCAUUCCAAAUAAUUCCUGCCAGGAAGAACUAAAAAUGGUCGAAUUAAAAGAUCAGAAAAAUCGCACUAUUCCACUGUAUGUUUGGCAAUAUUUAAAGUCCACUGGCAAUAUAACCGAUUUGGAUGAGAUAAUGAUAAUUGGAGUGAAUACACCAUUUCAAGAUUUCUACGAUGAAAAAGAUCUGGUUUUCUGUGAAGAUAUCUGCCACAAAAUUGAUUGGUUACAAAAGGUUCAUAAAACAUUCCGCUACAAAACAAUGGGAAUUAUAUUUUGUUGCAGCUACAAGGAAGUCAGAAACACCGAGCAUUUACAAGGAUUUCCAAUGGCCAUUACUAAUGAAACUGAUGUGAAUAUUCAGCAAGUAGAUGUUGGUGAAGACGAAUUAAUAGCCGAAGAAGAAGAAACUAUUACAGAACCGUACGAAAUUGAUGAUGAAGACAUUUUUGUUAGUGAUCAUCAUGAUGCUCAUGGAUAUACCAUGUAAUGCUCCUCAACAAUUCAAAUUUUCACUCAGAAUUCUUAACUCAUUAUUUUAAAUAUAUAUUUCAUAGUUACAAAACA